AUUUGGUGUGGUAGCGCAAGCUGAGGUGGCGAUUGGGAUGUGUCAUGAGUUACUUGGUUCCUGCAGAUGAAGCCUUGGUACAGUACCAGGCUGUGGAAGCCAAAGCGCGGCGCCGGAGGCAUUCAAUGGCGCCAUGGGCCACGAGGGGAUUGGCUGGACAGCGGUAUCCUGUGCCUUGAUCGAGGUAGCAUCAUCGGCGCAGGCCUCCGGCUGUGGAGCAGACGUGUUUCGAAACAUUUACCUGCAACACCCUGCUCGUCGCAUCGAUUCGUUUCAGCCUUGCUUUUCCCAAGCACUGCGAUAUCGAAUCGAUAAACCACUGCCUCGGGCUCUCGUCUUCACGAGAAUGCAGCAUACAUUUGCGCAACGCAGGGAAAUGCGCUGUGUUUCGUCUCGAUGCGGACAGUUUCCUUGCUCUCGGAGUCGACAGGCACCCAAAGAUAGACUUGAUCGAUACACCGUCCACUGUGUCGGAACGGGGAAUAUGCGCAAGGCUCGUGGCAUGGGGUUGCACGAACGAGGCUCAAUUCCGACGGCGGGACGAUCUGGUACCGAUUGCGCUCUGCAGACGUAAUACUCGUGGUCAAUAUGAUGUGAGGGCGACUUGGUAAAUUUCCGCAGUUCUCUAUCCCAGAGUGAGGGUUGAUGAUGCGGGCCCCCAUCGUUGCUCGCGC